AUGGAGCUGGACGAAACCAGAUGGUUCGGGAUUUUCAAUUUCCAACAAUAUCAUCUUUCGCUGGACAAGGUUAUUAUUAAGUUUCAACUCGCUUUCGUUUACCGUCAAUUCGUUGUUAUCAAGGAAACCCAGCAAGCUGGAAGAGAAGAUGCAGACCAAUACCGCCGCCACCAAGGCGCCACCGCCGGCAACGCCGCAUUGUCGAUGCAGAACAUGCCACACCUCUUGCCUCUAGUGAAGGCCAUCGACACGGAGUCCAUGUACUUGGUACUCGGUGCUCAGUUCCACCUGCAAAUAAAUGACCCACUUGGCAGUUUAGACGAAGCGCAAACCGCCAAGGUCGAGAGAUACCUGUGGCUGCUCCACUCUGUUUCCGAUGACAGCCUUGCGCGUGAGAAGGACAGGUUCUGCGUACCUUCAUUGAUGCUGAACCCAAGCCCAAUAUUCAAUGGUAGCUUGCGGUUGUUUUUCUUUUGUUAUUAUUGGACACCCUAG